AUGGGUAAUCGUAUUUCACGGGACAAAGGAAAGAAAACGAUUAUUGAUGCAUUGAAUGAUCCAGGCGGUAGUGUUUCACGGAAAAUGUCUAAUUCUGGAACACCGAAACGUAAUAAAAUGAAUACAAAGCGUGAUGAAAAUAUGUCAUGUCAGCAGCAAAUGUCAAUCUCUCAAGAAUCAUUCCACGAGAAUCUAAAAUUGGACAUAUUUUGCGAUAAGCCAGAUAAACUGGUUCAUGAUAAUGGCACAACGUAUGUGAAUGAUGGAAAAUGGAAAUCAAAUUCAGAAUCUAAUGAGCAAUUUUCCAUGCGAUCAAAAUUAUUGAAUAAAAUGAAGUGCAAAGAUUUAAGAGGGCAACCAAAAAGUGACAGAAGUGAUGUAAAGCGUAAUCAAUCAUUGGUUCGAAUGAGAUCAUCAAAUCUCAGCGAAUCACGACAAAAAUGUCGUAGUAAUAAUAACAACAACAACAAUAAUAAUAAUUUGGAUUAUCGUGGAACUCAUCCGAUUACAUCUCAGGGACGUGAAAUCAUUCAGGCCUGCUUCAGUAAUCAUCACAACGAAAUUGGUUAUCGUAUUUGCAUGCGAGUUUUUGAAAAGCGUCCUGAUUAUCAAAGGUACGUAUAUGCUCUUGGCAAGGAAAGAUGGUUAAAUACCUCCGCUGAGCUUCGUGAUUACCUAAAUAAUGUUGUAAGUAAGGUUCAUGAUGUGGCAGCAGUGGAAGAAAUAUCACGACAUUAUGGUGAGCAACAUGUACAAUUGAAAAAAUAUGGCUUCAAGCCUGAUUUUUGGGUCAGCAUCGCCGAUGCGAUAGCAAUUGAAUGUGUGAUAUUGGAUAUGGCUAAUCAUCAACCAACUGAAACGGUAAUGGCGUGGUCUCAGUUAACAUCGUUAAUGUUUACAUCAAUUCGUGAUGGUUACUAUGCAGCAUUACGAUUUCAACGACAAACACUCAAAAGUUGUAAGAGUUCGCAAUGGCAUCUGGCAGUUGAUUCUAUCAGAAGUUCAAAUUCGUCUAUCGUUGAAGAAUUUGUUAGUUGA